AAGGCUGGUGAAGGAAGUCGGAAUUCGGAAACAAUGGAAGCAGUGGCGGAGGGACUUUGGGGACUGGCAGAUUAUGAGGAGAAGAAGGGAGAAAUUGGAAAAGCUGUGAAAUGCUUGGAAGCUAUAUGUCAAAGCCAAGUUUCUUUCCUUCCUAUUAUCGAGAUUAAAACACGCCUCCGCAUUGCUACUCUCCUUCUCAACCACUCCAAUAAUGUCAACCAUGCCAAAUCCCACCUCGAACGCUCUCAAUUGCUCUUGAAGUCCAUUCCCUCAUGCUUUGAGCUCAAAUGCAGAGCAUAUAGCUUGUUGAGCCAGUGUUACCAGCUAGUCGGGGCUAUUCCUUCACAAAAGCAGAUACUGAACAAGGGUUUAGAACUUAUUUCAACUUCUGAAGAUGGAUUUUCCGGGAGGUUAUGGUACUGCAACUUCAAUUCUCAGCUAGCAAAUGCUCUUACAAUUGAAGGGGAUCAUCAUGGUUCAAUUUCCGCACUGGAUAACGGUCUAAUGUGUGCAACUCAAAUGUGCUAUCCGGAGUUACAGAUGUUUUUUGCAACUUCGAUCUUGCAUGUGCACCUCAUGCAAUGGGAGAAUGAAAGUUCCGCUCGAGAUGCUCUCAACAGAUGCAAUGUAAUAUGGGAAUCUAUUGAAUUGGAAAAAAGACAGCAAUGCCUUGGUUUACUAUUUUACAACGAGCUGUUGCAUGUAUUUUAUCUACUUCGGAUAUGCGACUACAAGAAUGCUGGUCAACAUGUUGACAAAUUGGAUGCUGCCAUGAAGUCUGAUUUACAGAGGAGGCAACAGAUCAACGAACUGAGUAAGGAGCUUGAUGCAGUGAAUGAAAGUCUCUCUCGUUCUGAUUUAAAUUACAGAGACAGAUCUGCUCUUUCUGCAAAACAAGCUCACCUUGAGGAGCAACUUAGUAACUUAACAGGAAAUGACAAAGAAUUUUCUGAACCAAUAUACUUUGGAAGUGCGAGACGAACUUGGGAAGACAAGCUUGAAUUGGCACCACCUCCUGUUGAUGGAGAGUGGCUACCUAAAGGUGCUAUUUAUGCAUUGAUAGACCUUACAGUAACCGUUUUUAACCGUCCAAAAGGACUUUUUAAGGAGUGCUUGAAGAGGAUCCAGUCUGGCCUGCAAACUGUUCAAGAGGAGCUGAAAAAGUAUGGGAUUCUUGAUGGAAUGAGAGAAGUGGAUUUGCAACACUCUGCUAUUUGGAUUGCCAGUGUCUAUUUGAUGCUCCUUAUGCACUUUCUUGAAAACAAAGUAGCAGUUGAUCUUACGCGUUCUGAAUUUGUUGAAGCGCAAGAGGCAUUGGUGCAGAUGAGAAAUUGGUAUAUUCGCUUUCCAACAAUUUUACAAGCUUGUGAGUGUGUUAUUGAAAUGCUUCGAGGACAGUAUGCACAUUGUGUCGGCUGCUAUGAUGAGGCAAAUUAUCAUUUCCUUGAAGCUUCAAGGCUAAGUGAGAACAAAUCAAUGCAAGCCAUGUGCUUUGUUUAUGCAGCAAUCUCUUACAUCUGCAUGGGAGAUGCUGAAUCCUCAGCAAAGGCCCUUGAUCUGAUCGGACCAGUUUUAGGAGUGAUGGAUUCUUUCACGGGAGUGCGAGAGAAAACGAGUGUCCUCCUUGCUCAUGGGUUUCUACUGAUGAGGCAGCAAAAUCUACAAGAAGCAAGAAAUCGACUAGCGUUUGGCUUGCAGACAACACAUAAUACUUUGGGGAAUCUGCAACUAGUUUCACAAUAUUUGACUGUAUUGGGGAAUCUAGGACUUGCCCUCCGCGACACUGUACAAGCUAGGGAGAUCUUGAGGUCCUCUCUUACAUUAGCUAAGAAGCUUAAUGAUAUUCCAACUCAGAUCUGGGUAUUAUCAAAUUUGACAGCUAUGUACCAGCAACUGGGUGAGAAAGGGAGUGAAAUGGAGAAUCUUGAUUACCAAACAAAGAAAGUAGAGGAUCUACAAAAAAGGAUUUCUAGCGCAUGUUUGUCCAGUCACCAUGUUGAACUGAUUGCCAAAGUGAAAGCUGAAGCCCAUCAGUUGAGUGAGACUGACAUUAAACGAGCAAUCUCUGGCCCUUCUAUGAGAGUUGAUCUGGACAUUCCCGAAUCCAUUGGUCUGUCAGUAACUUCUCCCAUGGCGUCCUCAUCAAGGCUUAUGGAUUUUGAUAUGGGAAGACUGCGAAAGAGAAAAGCUUAGUUUUCUACUUGUAAAUUUGUAAUUAUUUCUUUGAUAUAACCAACGUAAGAGGUGAGAGUGUGUGCUUCCUUUCCUUCUUGCUCUUUCGGGAUGUCCAAUUAUGAUAGUUUACGGAUCAUUAUUGUGCAGUGAUAUUGUAAUAUAUAAUCCCUAACUUCUUCCCAGAAAAAAAGAAGGGAUGAUAAGCUAAUGACUAGAAUUGCCAAAAGAUAUAUGCUGUUCAUACAGUUAAUGGUACAAUCAUUUUGUCUAAAA